GAGGAGGAGGAGGAGGAGGAGGGGGGACCACUAUGGCCGAGCCUCUGCUGAAGAGAACCUUCUCCAGGCUGAGAGGCAAAGACAGAUCCAGGAGGAAGACGGACCCCAAACUGAGCGAUGUUCCAGUAAAGAACGACACUGUGCUCCAGACGCCUUCAUCGUCAUCAUCAUCACCACCGAUGACGACAACAAGACCUCCACCAGCAGCAGACCCUGACCCCCCCUCACCCCCACAUAACCACAUCACAGUUGCUAAGAAACAGUCGUGGGCACGGCAGGGCUCCGUGGCACCGCCCAGCGUCCUGCCCUCAGGUUCUGCCCCCAGACCCUCUGACCGGGAACGACCAUCAGGGACAUCCCAAGAUGCAUCUGGGCAGGCCUGGAGUCAGAGACUAGUACAGGAUAAGACAGAGCAGUGUGGCGACAGGGUGAGUGUCAGUCUGGCCUGGGAUAUGACCAGCACCCCCUGUAUUCCUGUCAGUUCUACGGCAGUCCACCAGGAAGCUCCCGAGCCAGCAGGGGGCCCCCCUGACGUGCCCGCUACCUCUGUCAGCACCAAGUCUGGCCAGCGUGCGUAUCUGCAAAGUCUGGAUCGCAGCAGCCGAGCCUGGGUGCUGUCUUCAGGAAAGAUCCAGGCUUCAGAUGAGGCCUAUAGGCUUCAGGAGGAUAGCGGCAGCAACAUCUGGUACAACCCGAUCCCUGAGGAGGAGGAUGCAGGAGGUCCACACAGAGAGGAGGAGAUAUGGAGGAAGAGGGAUGAGAGCGGUGACGGAGGAGCAUCAAAGAUUCCCGGAGAUAAAAGAGCAGAGCUCGGACGAGUGUGGGUCGGGCCAGCAGAGAGUCGUAGCAGUGACUGUCUACUGGAGGGCGCCAAUCCAAGUGUCAGCCACCACACUGAUGACAUCACAACAGAAAACACAGACUCCCAGCCUUCAGACUCUAGCCCCGCCUCCCAAAAGAAAGUGGGCGUGUCUGGUAGUGUGAUUGACAGGCUGAGGUCUCCUGGUACAGUGAGGAAACUCUCCCUAAAGAUGAAGAAACUUCCUGAACUGCGCCGCAAACUCAGCCUUCGCUCCUCGUCUCGUGCCCUUCGCCAGGGAAAUGACAGCAGAGGGGGUGGGGAUGAGUCAGCCAGUAAAAAUACCUCAUCGUCGUCUGCCUUGUCCAACCAGAAUGUGAUCAGCAGAUAUCACCUGGAUAGCUCCGCCCCUCCAACCAGACCGCUGCGACGAUCAUCAAGAGGGCGCUCCGCCAGUAAAGGAGGUUAUCUUAGUGAUGGGGACUCCCCCGAGCUGCUCCCACGGCAACCGGCCCUUCCCCUUACAACUUCCCAGGAAACGGCAUGCGACGUCAGCUCUUUCCGAUUGUACGUGGGCUCCGAUCCACAACGAUGCAGCCAGCGGGUGACGGGUUUACUGACUGUCCAUCUGAUGGGCCUGGAGGAGAUGAAGACCAGCAGGUCAGAGGACAGUAAGGAGGUCUUCCUGGCCAUCCAGAUCGAUGGGGUGACGAGAGCGAGGACUGCCCUCCUGACGCUGCGAGGCUCCGCCCUCUCAUUAAACCACGCCUUCCACCUGGAGCUGGAGAGAGCCCGGCAGCUUCGGAUAGUGGUGUUAACACCAGCCAAUCCACAAGCAGUGUGCGGGUCUAAAUCAGGGACAGAUCAGGGUCAGACUUCAGGUGGUCCAACCAGAAACCGAGUCUGCUGUCUGGGUGGAGUCUCCAUCCCGCCACUCUUUAAAG